UAGAAUUAUAAAACAAAAUUUUUUUUUAAAAAAAACCCCUAAAUCACACUGCCUCACCCCACCAUCUACCCAACUGCACAAACACGUAAACCACCACAACACCACCUCCACCAACUUGAACACCUCACGGCAACCUCAGCCUUACAACCUUUCAGGCAUAAACCGGAGAUAUAAAGAUAGGUAAACAUAUAAGUUUUAAGUCGUAAAAUUCAACUAAAUAAACCGGAGGUGUCGAGCAAACACUCAAAAUAAAAACAGAGAUGGAGAACAACUUCAAUGGAAAGGGAGGAGAUCCACAACAACUUCAAUGGACGACAGAAACUUUGCCUAAAGUUUUCACCAUUGUUAGUUCUACUCUUCCUCAACGCGACCUUAUUUCUCUCUUAGUCGUCAGUCCAUGGCUUUAUCACUCUCUCUCUUCCCAUUCUUCUCUGUGGCAGGUUCUUGAUUUUCAUGAGAUGAACAAUGCUGGUAAUCGGCUCUUAGCCGCUCUUUCUCUGCCUAGGUAUAAAAAUGUGAAGCAAAUAAACCUUGAAUUUGCACAAGACAUUGGGGAUAAUCAUCUUGAAUUGAUCAGAAAUAAGUGCCCCAGCUCUCUUAUGAACCUAGAGAUCCUGAACUUGAAUGGAUGCCAGAAGAUUUCUGAUAAAGGAGUUGAAGCCAUAACUAGUGCAUGUUCACAUUUGAGAGUCUUUUCGAUAUACUGGAAUUUGAGGGUAACAGAUGUUGGCGUGCAGCAUCUAGUAAAGAAUUGCAAACAUGUUACUGAUUUAAAUUUCAGUGGCUGUAAGAAUAUCUCAGACAAGAGUAUGCAGCUUGUUGCUGACGCAUAUCCAGAACUGGAAUCAUUGAACAUUACGAGGUGCAUCAAGCUCAGUGAUGGUGGCUUGCAGUACAUACUACUCCAAUGUACCUCUCUAAAGAGUCUUAAUUUGUAUGCCUUGUGUGGUUUUACAGACACAGUUUACAAGAAUAUGUCACUUCUUCCUCAUCUUAGAUUCUUGGAUCUCUGCGGAGCUCAAAAUCUGUCUGAUCAAGGACUAAUGUGCAUAGCUAAAUGCAGUUGUUUGGUUUACCUUAACCUCACAUGGUGUGUACGUGUUACAGAUGUAGGAGUCAAAGCUAUAGCAGAAGGAUGCACCUUUCUUGAACUGCUAAGUUUGUUCGGAAUUGUGGGGGUGACUGAUGAGAGUCUUGAAGCACUCGCUAAAACAUGUUCAGGUACACUUAAAACACUCGAUGUGAAUGGCUGCAUAAACAUUCAGAGAAGAACCCGUGAAAAACUUCUCCAAUUGUUUCCGCUUUUAGAGUGCUUUAAAGUGCACAGCUAAUGCAGCACUUGUUCGUGGAUGCUGAUCUCAAUUUGAUUUCAUCUUGCGAACAUUUAAACAGAUAUUUAGAUCACAUCUACCUAUUGGUGAAUAUUCCAGAGUUGUUUAUCAUUGCUGAUGAACCAUAACCGAGAGCACCACAACCCUUCAAAAGUGAUAUCUUAUCUAUGUCAAUAGUACUUUGGGGGAUGAUUAUUGGUGCUUCCAAAUACAUGGAAUUACACAAUACACAAGUUUGCGGGUAAGCAUUAAUUACAAAGUUGUAACAAGACUAGAAUCCAAAGGAGUUGGUGGACUAUUGCAUUUUUUUACAUCUUCAUUAUUGGUUCUUUCAAUUGGCCAUUAUUGUAUAUGAAUGCGCAAAAUGCUUCUACUACAACUCAAAGAAACAAGUUGUAUGUUUCAAUUUGUACCGAUAGUUCUUUGAAAUGGGAUCCAUUUUUCAGAUAGGAACAUCUUAAUAAAUACUUGUCGAUACCCUAUUUUGCUGA